GGGGAAGUCGAGUCCUCCAUAUUUUCAGUAUUUCGACGAGGUUUUAAUUCCAUCCGGCCCGUGCCAAUUUGGACUUUAUGUUCAUACUCUAUGCUUAAUAGCUACGCCUGGCCCAACUCAAAUAUCAGGACCGUCUCUGGCGGUCAGGCCUAGAUAGCCCGUUCGUAUAACCGGUCGACUCAAAGCACCUAGUAUGUUUCGGACUCUGCGAAAACGAAAUAACACCGUCUACAUAUGUAUGUCGUUUUUCGCUAAUUUUCGUCGUCUCUGUUGAUUGUUUUCCUGGAAAAUUCAACCUCUGGCGAGUUGCGAAUUUAAGCUUACUUACCUGCUUAGGGUUUAUCCUUUUUAGAAGUUUAUCCUUCUUCCUCCUUCUAAACCCAGAUGAUCUUUAUUUAGAGUGCGUAUUCUUCUUCAAAUUCCAUCUGCAUAAUUCAGUGCCUCAAUACUCUACAGUCCAUAUUCACAAUGCCCCAAAACGACGACGUUUUUUUCACUUCAUCUCCUCACACAAUUCCUGCUUUCCCUCCCCCACAGCAGCAGCAGCAGCAGCAGCGGCAGCAACAGCAAAUGCAACUACCUCCUCUGCCUUUCUUUUCUCACACCUUAACUUCUCAAUUAGCUAAAACCAAAAUCUCAUUUACUAAUUUCAUCGACUCGCUUAUUGCUCGCUCUAGAAUCCACAUACCUCGAAGGUCGUCUACCAUAUGUGCCAAUUCACCUCUUCUAUGUUCAGCUUCAUUUUCACUUACUCAGUCGAGAGAUUCACCACCGUCCGAUUCGCAUCCAAAGUCGCCGAUCCUUUGCUCGGCGUCUUUGUCAGUGAGUCAACCUGGCGAGCCGGGGUCUGAAACCUUGAUGACUCAGCAGAAAGGUGGUGGUGCUCAUUCAGCUAGUCGACACGAUGAAGAGAGGGUUUUGAUAAGUGAAGUAUUGGUGAGGAACAAAGACGGGGAGGAGCUCGAGAGGAAGGACCUGGAAGCGGAGGCUUUGGCUGCCCUGAAAGCUUGCCGUGCCAACUCGGCUCUAACGGUACGAGAGGUUCAAGAGGAUGUGCAUAGGAUUAUUGAUAGUGGAUAUUUUUGCUCGUGUAUGCCCGUUGCAGUUGAUACUCGUGAUGGUAUAAGAUUGGUGUUUCAGGUAGAACCAAACCAGGAGUUCCAUGGACUUGUGUGCGAAGGAGCCAGUGUUCUUCCUACGAAGUUUCUAGAGGAUUCUUUCCGACAUGGAUAUGGAAAAGUUGUAAAUAUCAGGCAUUUGGAUGAUGUGAUAACUUCCAUCAAUGGCUGGUAUAUGGAACGUGGUCUUUUUGGCUUGGUUUCAGGAGUUGAGAUCCUUUCUGGGGGUAUUAUCAGGUUACAAGUUGCUGAAGCUGAGGUGAAUGACAUUUCCAUACGUUUCCUUGACCGAAAAACUGGUGAACCAACUAAAGGGAAGACGAAACCUGAAACAAUACUUAGGCAACUUACAACCAAGAAGGGACAGGUCUACAGCAUGCUUCAAGGAAAGAGAGAUGUGGAUACUGUGUUAACUAUGGGAAUAAUGGAAGAUGUUAGCAUCAUUCCCCAACCUGCUGGAGAUACGGGUAAAGUUGAUUUGGUAAUGAAUGUUGUUGAACGCCCAAGUGGAGGUUUCUCUGCUGGUGGUGGAAUAUCUAGUGGGAUUACAAGUGGCCCUCUAUCAGGACUUAUUGGAAGCUUCACCUAUUCUCAUAGGAACGUUUUGGGAAGAAAUCAGAAACUUAAUAUUUCGUUGGAAAGAGGCCAAAUAGACUCGAUAUUCCGCAUAAACUACACAGACCCAUGGAUUCAGGGUGAUGACAAGCGUACAUCUAGAACUAUUAUGGUUCAGAAUUCAAGAACCCCAGGGAAUCUUGUUCAUGGUAACCAGCCUGGCAAUAGUAGUCUUACCAUUGGGCGUGUAACCGCUGGUAUAGAAUUCAGUCGACCACUUAGGCCAAAGUGGAGUGGAACAGCUGGACUUAUUUUUCAGCAUGCUGGUGCACGCGAUGAAAAAGGAAAUCCAAUCAUUAAGGACCACUACAGCAGCCCGCUUACUGCAAGUGGCAAGACUCAUGAUGAUAUGCUGCUUGCUAAAUUUGAGAGCGUGUAUACUGGUUCUGGUGACCAUGGGUCUUCAAUGUUUGUAUUGAAUGUGGAACAAGGACUGCCCCUGUGGCCUGAGUGGCUGUUUUUCAACAGAGUAAAUGCACGUGCUAGGAAGGGCAUAGAAAUUGGUCCUGCUCUCUUUCUUAUAAGUUUGUCUGGUGGCCAUGUGGUGGGCAAGUUUUCUCCCCAUGAAGCAUUUGCCAUUGGUGGAACAAACAGCGUGAGAGGAUAUGAAGAAGGUGCUGUAGGCUCUGGUCGAUCUUAUAUAGUUGGUUCUGGUGAAAUUUCUUUCCCAGUGUUUGGACCAGUGGAAGGAGUUCUCUUUUCUGACUAUGGAACUGAUAUGGGAUCUGGUCCCACUGUUCCUGGCGAUCCUGCUGGGGCAAGGCUGAAGCCUGGGAGUGGAUAUGGAUAUGGCUUUGGCAUUAGAGUAGACUCCCCUUUAGGCCCUCUGCGUCUUGAGUAUGCAUUCAAUGACAGGCAUGCAAAGAGGUUCCACUUUGGAGUUGGUCACAGAAAUUAAGGUCCAAUUACAUCCCAUUACCUUUCUAAGGGCUAUUGUGUCCCCAUUGUAUUCAUUUACUUGAUUUUGUUAUAGAGGUAGUCUGUUGCCAUUGAAUUUCUUUUGUUUAUAGUAGUAAUUGUAUCAUCACCAGCCUAAGGCCCGGCAGUUUUUUUGAAUAUACUGAUGUGUCUCAGCAUCCUUGCUUGACUGGAUCAUUUCUGGAUUAUUGGCAUUUUUACGGCUUUGAAUAUAUCCCGUGAACUGGUAAAUUUACUGUUGAGUAUUUAAA